GGCUGGAAAAACACCGAUACGGACACUGCAGAGAGAGGAUUUGAAAAAAAAAAAAUACAACAGCAGCCAAACAGAUUUUUAUUCAAUCGUUAGGUUCUGUCGUGUUUCCAGCUGGUCUUCCAGGCCCUGUUAGAGUUAGAGACCGAGCGGCGACAUGAGCGCCACAGCCUGGGUUUCCCUGCUUCUGCUCUGCGCAGCAACAGGUGUGAACAGCUUUUCAGUUUCGACCAGCAAUGCAAAUGUGGAGCCGAGAGAAAAUGAAGAUGCUGACCUGACCUGCACAUAUUCAGGAGACUUCGGCUCAAGCCCCAGAAUCGAGUGGAAAUUUCAGAAUAACAAAGGCUCACAGACAUAUGUGGUUUUCAAUGGAGUUCCAACAACGCCGUAUGCGAACCGUGCGUCGUUGUUCAGGGGAAGCAGUCUGAGGCUGUCUAAAGUCACGCGUCAGGACAACGGACGCUACGACUGUGAGGUGUCUGAGCCCGGAAGCAGCAACUUUGGCGAAGUCUCAGUGACGCUGACUGUGUUGGUACCUCCAUCUACGCCGGUGUGCAGAGUUCCCUCCUCGGGGACAACGGGGAAGACGGUCAGGCUGUCUUGUUAUGACAGCAACGGGUCGCCGCCCCCAACGUACAAGUGGUACAAGGAUGGCACCCCUCUGCCCCAAGACCCCUCCCAGAUGGCAGCGUUCAAAAAUCUAACCUACAAGCUCGAUCCGGCAAAGGGCGAACUGGUGUUUCCUGCUGCACAAAAGCUGGACUCGGGCUCGUACCACUGCGAGGCGAUCAACAAGGCUGGUCCUCCUCAGAGUUGCAGGCCUACGAGACUGGAAAUUCGUGACCCAAACGUUGGUGGAAUUGUUGCUGGGGUCAUUGUGGGUCUGCUGCUCUUGGGCGUCCUGGCAUUCGGCAUUUGGUAUGCCUACAAGAAGGGAUAUCUGCCUCAGAGGGCCGACAGCAGCAAGCAGAAGUCCAAUGUGGUGUACCAGCCCCCGUCAUCACUGUACAGCGGCGGUGAUGAGGACGAUGGGGAUUUCAAACAGAAGUCGUCGUUUGUGGUAUAGUCCGACAGAGGAGAAGUUGGUUUUAAUGUCUGAGAUUGUGUGGUGCAGUUUUUAUAGAUCUGUGUGACUGGUCUUCUUUGUCAUAGUUUAGCACGUGAGGCUAAAACGGCUUUGCUUUGUUCUUUAACCCCUCUUACGAGUUCUGUCGUGUCGAAAUGUCUUGAGAGCUUUUUAAGUGAAGUGAAAUGUGAUUACCGGGGGAGUUGUUUUCACAGAUGUUUUCCAUGUGUGAUUCAUUUUCUGUUUUUUUUUCCUAACAUCUUGUGAAACUAAAUGCAUACAAACCAUCCUGAUUGACACAAUUUUAGUAAAAAAAACGUUUACUGACCCAUCAUUGAAAUGUCCACUUUCACUUUUCCAGUCUACAGAGAGCAGGACAAACUUGCAGUGUGUGAUUAAUUUUAUAUUUGUAAGUUUUUUUGUGUCUUUGUGUGCCUUUUUCUACUCCCUAAUUUAACGUACAAGAUUUUUUUCUGUCAAAGUUGAAAGUCUCUUUCUUGUAAAUAAUGUAGAGGUUUUUCCUUUUGUAAUUUACAUAGAUAAAAGCAUUAGCUUCCCAACAUGAAUUUAAAAGCUUGAAUUUACUUCAUUAACAUUAACAUUCAUAGUUACGUGAUUGUAGGACAUUAACAUUAUAGACACACAUUCUGGUUGAUGUAUUAUUAUUGGUAUAUCUAGAACUAAAGGCAACACAAUGAAUUAGAAAUGAAUGCUACUCAUUUAAUUACUCAUGUUUAAAAGGCACUAUGUGUACAGCUGUCCAGAGAUUAGUCACUGCUUAUUGACAACACAUCCUGAUAUUGUCUGUCUUCUACCUCUUGACACUAAAAUAACAUUUUCUUCGCAUCAUUUUUUAACUAAAAGUAUCUACAAAUACUCAGGUCAUGUGCUUCCACUCGUUGAAUCUGGACAGAGAGCGCAUCUCAUGACUUUGUACAAACUUUCAGGUUCAACAUUGAAAUCUGGAAACGUGUCGUGUAUUUUUUUUUUUAAGAAAUCUUAGACGAGAUGAUUGUAAUUUGAUUGUAUAUUUAAUAAAAAGUUGAUCUGGG